AGCAUCCGUCCACUCAAUGUGGCACGGUAACCAUGACAACAGCCGUGCUGUGGCUGUGUCUUCUGCCACUUGUGGCGUGCUCGGCACUGGAUGCUGGCGCAAGGACAUCUACACCAAUUUCAGAUGAUAACGACUACCUGCCACACGCAGUGAAGGACUCGACUGAAGAAGUCCCUCCCCCCGCACCUGUAGCAAGUUAUGUCCGUCUCGUGGAAGUAGCUCCGUAUGACAAUGACAGAGAAGUCAUCGCCUCGUCUUCUGACUUUCGAAAUCCGUACAUCGGGGUAGAGAGGCAAGUGCAACCAGUUGUUGUUGUGUCAACAUUAGGUGACCUUGAAUACUUGCUGUCCAAGUCCGGUAAGUUGAAGCUCGGCAAAGUUGAGACGGGCGUCACUGGGAAGGAAAACAGAUUCCGGCGCAGUCCGGCUCCCACGGGAGUGGGCGCACUCUUCUUCGGAGGGCCUAGUGGCUCCUUUUCGUCCAGUCAGAGCAGCUCUUCAUCUUCGAGCAGCGCAGGCGGUAGCGGGAGCGGCAGCUUCAGUAAGAGCAGCAGCUCAAGCUCUAGCAGUGGCGGCGGUGGAGGCGGAAGUGGGAGCAGCAGCUUAAGCAAGAGCAGCUCUUCCUCCAGCAGCGGAUCUCUCGGAGGAGCAUUAGGCGGAGGCGGAAAAUAUACUGGACUUGGAGGAGGUGGAUUUGGAGGCGGGCAUGGGGGAGGUGGAUUUGGAGGCGUUGGUGGAGGUAAAACUGGAGGAUUUGGAGGCGGCGUGAGUGGCACCCACGCAGGCGGAGAUGGCUUGAUUGGGGGUGGUUAUGGAGGAAGUGGAGGUGGUGGAUUUGGAAGCGCCUCUAGUGGUGCCAAUGCAGGAAGUGGAGGGUUUGGCGGCGGUACCACUGGCAUUCACGGAGGUGGCCUGGGUGGGGGUGGUUUCGGAGGACCUGGAACUGGUGGAUUUGGAGGCGGCGCUCACGGAGGAACCGGAGGCUUGGGUGGGGGUGGUUACGGACUAGGUGGAACAGGUGGAUUUGGAGGCGGUGUCGGUGGCGCACACGGAGGACUUGGUGGAUUUGGACCCGGAGGUUUACAUGGAGGUGGCGGACAUGGUGGAGGCGGAAUUGGACUGGGAGGAAGUGGCAGCAGUGGCAGUGGAAGUCAGUCAAGUUCUGGCAGUUCAAGCGGUAGCGGUGCUACUGGGGGAGGACUUGGCGGCGGUGGGCUUGGAGGAGGAGGUUACGGACUAGGUGGAACAGGUGGAUUUGGAGGCGGUGGCGCACACGGAGGACUUGGUGGCUUUGGACCCGGAGGUUUACAUGGAGGUGGCGGACAUGGCGGAGGCGGAAUUGGACUGGGAGGAGGUGGCAUCAGUGGCAGUGGAAGUCAGUCAAGUUCUGGCAGUUCAAGCGGUGGCGGUGCUACUGGGGGAGGACUUGGCGGCGGUGGGCUUGGAGGAGGAGGUUACGGACUAGGUGGAACAGGUGGAUUUGGAGGCGGUGGCGCACACGGAGGACUUGGUGGCGCACACGGAGGACUUGGUGGAUUUGGACCCGGAGGUUUACAUGGAGGUGGUGGAAUUGGAUUGGGAGGAGGUGGCAUCAGUGGCAGUGGAAGUCAGUCAAGUUCUGGUAGUUCAAGCGGUAGCGGAGCUACUGGGGGAGGACUUGGCGGCGGUGGGCUUGGAGGAGGAGGUUACGGACUAGGUGGAACAGGUGGAUUUGGAGGCGGUGGCGCACACGGAGGACUUGGUGGCGCACACGGAGGACUUGGUGGAUUUGGACCCGGAGGUUUACAUGGAGGUGGCGGACAUGGCGGAGGCGGAAUUGGAUUGGGAGGAGGUGGCAUCAGUGGCAGUGGAAGUCAGUCAAGUUCUGGCAGUUCAAGCGGUAGUGGUGCUACUGGGGGAGGACUUGGCGGCGGUGGACUUCUGGGAGGCGGUGGACUUGGAGGAGGUGGUUAUGGAGGCCAUGGGUCAGGUGGACUCGGCCAUGCUGGAAUCGGAGGUGGAAGUGGAAGUUCCUCGCAGAGCUCAGCCUCUAGCUCGAGUAAAAGCGGCGCGGGUCUAGGAGGCGGCCUUGGAGGCAUCGGGCACGGAGGAGGGUGCGAUGCGUGUGGUGGUGGUGAUGGUAACAUACUUCUAUCGAGAAUCGGUUCCUCUGAUGACGGCUCGACAGGGGUGGGUGGCAGCGGCACUACUACAGGAAAAGGAGUGUUUUCAGCAUCCAGUUCCUCCAUUGACAGUACCGGCAAAGCUACAUAUAGCGCUCACGCCGGAAAAAUCUAAAAAAUGUCAGAGAAAAAUAUUGGAAUAUCUUUCAGCCCAAAUAUGAUUGUGAUGAGAGCUCCUGCUCGAGUUUCUAGACAGAUGGAGACCAUCUCACAAAAGAACUGAAACAAAGAAUUUAAUUGAGACAAAAUACAUUAACUUCCUUGUUGUUACAAAUUGGAAUACAAAGAGAAUUUUAUAAUAAAUUGUUGUUUACAAAACCCUUUCA